AUGGCAACUGGCGAUAUUGAGAACGCCCGCCGCGGAACAGAUAUGUCCCAAUCGCUCGAACGAGAAACGACAAGCUCAGAAUAUGGAGACCUAGGUCCGCCUUCGAUCUCAGAUGUUGAAACAGUGAGGGAAAAGCCACCCGAGCAGCGAGCCUCUUCAGCAACCGGCAACUCGUUCAGUCUCCGACGUACAGUAACACGGAGGGAAACCGUCCUGUCUCGCAUCAGGUCGAGAGCGCCGAUCGGAAAUUUCACUCACCCAUUACAACAUGAGAAAACGGCCGCAGACCUGGUGGUUGAUUUUGACGGUCCGGAUGAUCCAUACCGACCGUUGAACUGGGCGAUGAAGAAAAAGAUCAUCACAACCGCACUGUAUGGAUUCACUACCAUGUCUGCUAGCUGGGCGAGUAGCUCCUACAGUGCUGGAACGCAGCAAGUUGCAGAGGACUUCCAUGUCGGCACUCAGGUCGCCACGUUGGGAACCACCCUGUUUCUCUUUGGUUUCGGUAUUGGGCCUUUACUGUGGGCGCCUCUUUCGGAAGUGUAUGGGCGGAAGAAUGCUGUGCUUCCGCCAAUGUUUGUUGCGGCUUGUUUUGCUUUUGCGACUGCCGUUUCGAAGGAUAUCCAGUCUGUUAUGAUUACCAGGUUCUGGGCUGGGUUCUUUGCAUCUGCACCUGUGACCAAUACAGGUGGAGUGAUUGGCGACCUGUUCCCGUCAACUCAAAGAGGUUUUGCCAUCGCUUCGUAUGCCAUGGCGGUAGUGCUCGGUCCAGUAUUUGGGCCGAUAGUCUCGGCUGCACUGGUUGUGCAACCAUCUCUUCGCUGGCGUUGGACAGAGUACCUGACUGGCAUUCUCCAAUUGUUUGUCCUGGCCUUGGAUGUGAUAUUCCUGGAUGAGUCGUACCCCCCGCGUCUUUUGGUGUACAAAGCCAGACGUCUCCGAAUUCAGGGUGGCAACUGGGCGUUACAUGCCAAAUUCGAGGAAUGGGAUGUGUCGCUCAAAGAGCUCGCUAGCAAAUUUCUUGUCCGCCCAAUUCAGCUGUUGGUGACACCCAUAUGCGGACUCAUUGCCCUGUAUGCGAGCUUUUGCUAUGGAAUCCUGUACAUGCAGCUUGGGGCAAUUCCCAUAAUCUUUGCAGAGCAUCGUGGGUGGGGCCAGGUCGUUUCGGUGCUUCCAUUCCUAGCAAUCCUCGUGGGAACAGUCCUCGGCGCCGCGAUCAAUGUUUACAACCAGUUCCGAUACAAUCGAAUAGUGAAGACCUCGGGUAAGAAUGUGGUUCCCGAAGCUCGCUUACCGCCCAUGGCUUUUGGUUCCAUUAUGUUCGCUGCUGGCAUGUUUACCACUGGCUGGACGGCAGAUCCAAGAUAUCCCUGGAUUGCUCCAGUGAUUGGUCUCGCCAUGACUGGUCUUGGAUUCUUCACCAUUUUUCAAGCUGCAAUAAACUACCUCGUUGAUACAUUUCACAAGUAUGCCGCCAGCGCCGUGGCAGCGAAUAAUUUCUCCAACAUGUAA